AAUACCCUCUAAAUCCUAAAUCUAGAUCUCCGCGAAUGCUGAUUAUUAAAAAAGGCAAUACAAAAGAUUUGCAGAUAUCUGGAUUUCCUGUGGGAGGAAAUAUUCAUUCAUCACAAUUGGUUGGGAAUGGAACUGGCCUGAAUGUCUACAAAGGUUUAGUUCCUAAACCUAUUAUUCCACCAGCAAAGAUCACACAGUGGAAAAGCCAAACAAAAGAGAACAAAACUGGGCCUUCUUCAUUUCCUCAUGACUCUGCAUAUGGUAGUGGAAAUUUUAGUGCUUUAAAACCUACUGCCAAGCCUAUUGGAUCACACAAGUCAGUGAAAGAGUGUAAUCGGUCAAAUUCCUUAUCUCCAGUUGAUAAACUUGGCCAGCCUCGUUUAACCAAAUUAACACGCACACGCACUGAUAAGAAGAGUGAAUUUUUGAAGAUGUUAAAACGGGAUCCAGUGGAAGAACAUGAUGAAAAUUGUGUUGAGCAAGAGAAGGAUGAUGAUGAUGAUGAAUUUAAUUUACAUAACAGCAACAGUGGCCACCAAGGGAGGGACGUAAACCGGAAUUUUGAAAAUGAGAAUCCUCAGCAGAUGAUCCAGUCUUCAGCAUUUCCGCAGACUGAUAUCCUUUCGAGUUCACUUGAGGCAGAACAUCGGUUGUUAAAGGAAAUGGGUUGGCAGGAAGACAGUGAAAAUGAUGACACUUGUGCUCCACUAACUGAGGAUGAAAUGAGAGAAUUUCAGAUCAUUAGUGAACAGUUGCAAAAAAAUGGCCUCAGAAAAAAUUGUAUUCUAAAAAAUGGUCUCAUCUGUGACUUCAAGUUCAAUCCCUGGAAAAACAGCACUUUCAAAGCAAUGCUUGAGAAUGAAGAUACAGAGACAAGCAGCAGUGACACAUCAGAUGAUGAUGUGUGAAGAGUUGACGAUUUGUACUGCAUCUCAUGCAAUUUCAGAAAUGUUGAAAAAAGGAGAACUAUACUCUUAUGUAGUGAUAUGCACCAGUAGAAGGAGGAUCUUUGGACUCCUCAUGAAGGAACCUAAGAUUGUUAUGCUAAUGAGCUGUGUUGAACCUGAUUUUUAAUUUCUUUGUAAAUGGAUGUUGUAGAAAAGAGAACUUUUUUCCACAUUGCCUUUCUUCAUCACUGCAGCAUUUCUCUGACUAGCAAUGUGAUAAUGUAAGAAAAUGAGAUUUUCUCAUUUAAUAAUAAUAAAAAAAGAUUAUGUAAUAUUUGGCAAAGUUUUGUCUUAAAACUGUGCAGGUGUAAGGGAUAAAAUGGCAGCUUGACUCAGUAUGUUGCUCACUGAGGCAGAUUUAUUUUACAAUGGAAAUUUUGAGUGCUCACUUUGUGCACAGACAAUAUACAGGGAAGCAUGUCUGCUAACAAAAGUGCACUAAAACAUCUAUUUCCUGAACUGUUACAGUUCUACUUCUUGAAACAAAGCAGUAAUUCUCUAGCAGUUUAUUCUACAGUAAUUAUGAAAAGACUUGCUUCAGUUCCAAAUUUUAUGGAAGUGGUGUAAAUCAAAAGCUUUAUUUGGAUGCUGCAAGACCCAGGAAUCUGGAUCCUACAAAAUUGGUUCUGAUCCUUGUGGGGAAAAUAAAUAUUAUUUUGAUAAAUUAUUCCGAUGCAGAAAGUUUAUUUCUUGGGCUGGAUCUAUCCAACAUGUACAAAAUAAAAACUCUUAGAAUUUUGAAACAUUCCAC